AUGUUUUCAAUAUUAAUUUUGUCUACAUUAUUAGGAAUAACCUUUUGCACUUGGAGUAGAAACCCUUAAAUUAAAAUAGAUAAAUUUAAUAUUACUGAAUAAGCUAUAUCUAUUAGUACACAAGAUUUCAAACAUUUUAAGUACCCAAAUGCAUUUAAUUUGGAAUUGUAUUAUUAGGAAGGAUUAACUAAUGAAAAAGAUAUUAAAAAAUACUAAAAGAUAAAUGAUAUGUAAUUAUAUUAAUAAGGAUGCUAUUAUUUUGAAAGGAAAAUAAAUGUUGAAGAUUAAUUGUAAAUUAAAUUGCCUGAUGAGGGAAAAUAUACUUUUACUGAUCUCAUAAUUGUUGAAAAUUAGGCAUAUGUGAUUAGAAAUGAUAAUAAAUUAUUUCGUGUAGAUUUAGACUUUGAUGGUUAAGAAUUAAAGGUAAUAGAGUAAAAUUAUUAAAUUUAAGAAAAUGAGUAUAUCUCCAUAACAUUUAGAUUUCUCUAAUAAGAUUCUUAUCAAUCUCAAAAAAAAACCAUAAUUUUUCACAGAAGACAAUCAAAUAUUUGUGGUAACAGAAAAAGGAACAAUUAGUUUCAAUUAUAAGUAAUGGUAAAAUGGAACAUUGCCUAAAGUUAAAUUUCAUAUUUUAAAAGAUAUGACCAAUAUCAAAUAGGUUCAUUAUGAUAAACAAUUAAAAAGAGUUUUUAUAGUUGCAGGAACAUAACGAGUUUUAGUAUAUGAAAUCAAGGAUUAGGAAUUAAGUCAUUUUUAAACUAUUGAAUUAAAUUUAAAUAUAAUUAAAGUCUAGACUAAAUAUGAUCAAUUGUUUAUAUUAGAUGACAAAUAUGGAAUACAUUUUUUUAUUUAAAGUUAAAAAGAAUACAAAAAUAGUGGUAUCUGUUAUUCAUUAUAUAGAAUUUUUGAUACCUUUGGAAAAUCCAAUAUCUUUUAUUUAUAACAAAAAUUCCUUUUUAGUUGUAGCUUAAAGUGUUUAAGGAUUAGAUAAGAUAAUUUUUGCAAUAGAAAUCUUAUUUAAUUUUAAAAACCAAGAAUUUUAUUACAAUAAGUUUUAUUUAGAAGAUAUGCAAUUACAAGAUGUCUAAACAUGUGGUGAAUUUUAAUUCUUAAUUGGUAAUGAUGUACACAAAAUCAUUUAAACUAACAUCUAUAGAGGAAAAGUUAAUGAAAAUUUCGAUUAUGAUAGUGAUUUCAUGAUACCUUUUUUAAUAAAAAUUCAGGAAAUAUAAGGAACCAAUUAUUAAAUAGCUAAUUUUCAAUAUCAUUAUUCCUUAGCAUUGACUCCUUAUCAUUUAUAUGGAAUUAAAAUAAACGAAAGAAUUCCUGAAAUAGUUUGUUCUUCUUAUAAAUAAAUUGAACAUUCAUAUGCUAUAUUAAUAAAUUCAACUUAAUGUUAGAAGGCUUAAAAAGAUCCUUUUAUUGUAUGUAAUGAAGAACAUUUUAUUGAAAUGGUAGUGAAUGAAGUAUUGCUAGAUUCAUCAUAAUAAUAAUCAGUGAUAAUAAUCUUGAUUAUGGUUGUAAUAAUAUUUAUUUUUUUAUUAAUUGGAUACAUAUUUUUCACUCGAUAGAAAACCAAAAAAGAUAAUAAGAAGGAUAUGAUAUCUCAAAAAAAUGUAUGA